AAAUAUUUUUUUUCCGGCUCUAACGAUGAAACGUUUAAAGUACCUACGUUAUAUGACAAAAAAUACGCAGGUGUAUAACGGAAUAUAAAUAAUUGGUAAAUGGAAUAAAAUCAAUGUCACAAAAAGUUGCGUGCGUCAUUGCAACUUUAAUUGUGUUAAUAUUUUAACAAACUUUUAUCAUUUUUAUUUAUAAUUUUUACAAAAUAGAGAAAAAGUAUGACCACCGUGGGAUAAAACAAGAAAAUAAUUUCAGCAAGAGACACCGUCUCUUAUCGAUGAAAAUUGGGAAAAAAAAAAAAAAAAAAAAACAAAAAGAAUCUAUAAUUUCAAAUUAUUCUAGGUGAAAUCUAGAAUUAAUCUAGAUAAUAUAGAUGAUAUUUUGGAUCAAGGGAGUUUUAUGUGUACGCCUAUAAAGAUAAAAGCAGGGGCGGAUGAACCACGAGAGAGCAUGGUGGUGGUACGCUUCAUUUCGCGCAUGCUACCUUAUCAUGUGGGGGUUGCUUGAAUCCAGAAUGGAUAAGAGAAAGAGAGGGAGAGAGAAUGAGUGACGCGAUGGUGGGAGGAAAGAGGGUGACGAACAUAUAAGGAUAGGGUGACUUCGAAAUAUCGUCACUGCUUUGAUUAAUAUACGCUAGCAAGUUUUCCCGCGGUUCCCUUCGGGAAAAAUUUUGAAUAAAUUGUGACACGUGACAUUAACGCGAUUUUCCUUUGUGUUAUCAUACAAAUCACGUAUCACGUUGAUUUUGCACGAGCAUGUCUCUUUAUCAUCGUGAGGCUGAUCACAUUAACGUUACUGUUAAUGAAGAAAUAAGUCCAAUUAUUUACGUGGGUGCUUCCAUUGUACUCGGUAUUAUUGGCUUUUUUGGUUUUACUCUGAAUUUGAUUGUCGCAUUUAUCAUCGUUAAGGACGCUCAAUCACUCUGGACUCCUGUCAAUGUAAUUCUUUUCAAUAUGGUCGUUGGAGAUUUUAUUGUAGCUGCCUUGGGGAAUCCUUUGGCAAUGAUUUCGGCGAUCAACGGUGGAUGGUAUUGGGACUAUAACAUGUGUCUUUGGUACGCCUGGUUUAUGUCGACAUUGGGAUUCGCUAGUAUUGGUAACUUAACCGUGAUGGCUGUCGAAAGAUGGUUAUUAAUUACACGACCGAUGAAAGCGUUGUCGAUUCGGCACGCCAUGUUCCUAGCAUUUGCGGUGUGGAUUUACGCGCUAUCCUUGUCGUUACCACCACUUUUCGGUUGGGGUAGUUACGGUCCAGAGGCCGGAAACGUAUCCUGUAGCGUGUCCUGGGAAGUUCACGAUUCAGCAACUAAUAGCGACAGCUACAUAGGAUUCCUAUUUAUUCUCGGACUCGUUCUACCAGUUGUCGUUAUAGUCACAAGUUAUUUUGCAAUCGUGAUAACUACCAUAAGAGUGAAGAGGAAAGCCGGUAAGAAAGAUUAUACGAGAGAUUUGUCAGCCUUUAUAUUUCGUUUUUUUUUUUUUUUCCGUACCUGUGCAGGUACCAGAGGGAGACGCGAGGCCAAAGUAACAAAAAUGGUAGCACUAAUGAUAAGCACUUUUCUCAUCGCUUGGUCACCUUACGCCGCCCUUGCUCUUGCGGCUCAAUACUUUAAUGUGAAACCGUCACCCUCGGUAGCCGUAUUACCAGCUCUCCUGGCUAAAUCCUCCAUUUGUUACAAUCCCAUCAUUUACGCUGGAUUAAACGCUCAGUUCCCGCGGUCUUUGAAAAAGAUUCUUGGUAUUCGUGAUAUUGAAACUGGCACGAACGGGAGUCAACAGACUGCUUUGACUACGAUCAACAAACAGUAGCAGAAGCACUGAAACCAACCAAUCGGAAAUUUGAGUUCUUUUCCUUGGUUUCGAUUAACUAUCACGCAUGAAUACUGCAACUUGGAUAAGAUUUAUCUUAUUUUAUCGAAAGUUAGUAUAUACGUAUAUAUUACAUGUUCCCUUAUAUACCACUGUAUGUGUCUAUAUAUGCGUUUUUGGGAUAACAAUUUUAUUAUUUGCACCUUUUUCGUUCUGAUGUCUGAUGUCUUUCUUUCUCUCCUCUCUCUCUCUCUCUCUCUCUUUCUCUCGUUCUGCCACAUUUUUAAUAUAUUUUCCUUUGUAUUUUACAAUGAAAAAUUACGAAUCCUCAGCGAUCGAAAAAGAAAAGGAAAAUUUCAAACAAUUGUAGAUGUAACUGUGAGCUUUAAAAUGAGCAAAUAGCAGGCGUUAACUGUUUCUCACUGUCAUGCUAUAUAUCUGCUAUAUAAAUAGAAGAGACGCGUAAAAAGGAUCAACCGCGAAGAAGCGGUUCGUCCGUAAGCUAUUAGAUUUCUCAGUCAUCGAUAAUGAAGUAGAUUUAUGUUUGAGGAUAAGUUCAAAGGAAAAAAUCCCCUCGAUGAUAUUCAAUCGUUGUCGGUCGACCGUUCAAUGAUUUUCGUAUAGAAAAUCAAUCGUAUCAAUUUUUAAUCAUUUUACGAUUUUUUAAAGAUUUGUUAUUUGAAGUUAAGAAUUGCGCAGUAGAGAGAAGAGAAUCACGAAAUCAAUUUCACCGUCGUGCUAUUUUCAUUUCAUUGCGAUAAUUCCCCGCUAUUUUUCCCCUCUUCCUCGACCAUCCUGGAGCCGUACGAAAUCGACAAUCGUAAGUCGAAACACGCGCCUACGGAGGAGAGUGAAAUCAUGAGAACAUUUAACGAUCCCCGAUCAUUGUUCUCGUUUUUAAAAGGUCGCUUCUCGUUUUUAAAUCUUUAAAAGAAAUAUCCACAAAAUCCGCUCUUAAUUUAUUCCGAAAGAAUUCUUUGAAAAUGAUUUGAGAAAGGGAAAGAUCGAAACUAGAAUAAAAAUUUGUUCAUUUUUUCACUUCCUCCGAUCGACACGCGUCGAGUAUCGACGAGUUUCUCUAUACAAUUGGCACGAUCGGUCCGAGUCGUGAUCGCAAUUUUUUAUCGUACAAAACAACAAUAACAACAACAAUAACGACGACGAAGACGAACUAACGCACGCUUUAAGGUGUCGUCGUUGGCUAUAUCGAAAGGAAGCAAAAUGACGAGUAUCGUUACCAUAAUGAAUUUCGUCUCGUUUAAAGAUGUAUAAGAGUGAAGAGCAAGGAAUGAAAAAAGACGAUAAGAGUAAAUGGUUCAAGGCUAGUCACUUUCUCGUGACUCGUCAAAACUCUAAAUGUUAAAAAGAUGAAGGAACCCGAAAACGGAUAUCACCUAAAUACCGAUUGCCGUCCGCGAUCUUCAACUUCUCAGAGAAAGCAAAACCCGUUUACUUACAUGAUCCAGUUCAAUGGACGUUCGAACGUAUCGGCGAAUUUUAAAAUAAGAACGAAUGAAAAUAUUUUAAAGGUAAAUUAUAUUUUACCUUUAGAAAUUAUCAAUUUAUCUAUCUAAACAAGAAUCACAAGAACAAUCAUCAAAGAUGCGUAGGCAAAAAAAUUGUAUGAAAAGGAAAUUUCACGCAAAUUGAAUAAUUAACUUUCUCCUUCUCUGAAGGGAGGAAGGAAGAAACUUGGAUGAAUCGGAAUAUAUGAUUUUGUAAUAGGUGAAGUUUACAGAGAUAGAGAGUAUUAACCUUUCCCAUGGAGAAAUCACGUGUUUAAACUAAACGUUGUAGUAGAAGAGCGGGAAAACGCAUCUAAACGUAUGGCUAGUUUCUCGCAUAACCAUGACAUUUGAAAGUUAAAGAUUCUUUAAAGAACCGGUUAGGCACUGUUCAAUCUCGUGAGAUCUCUAGUCAACAUUCUCAUUAUAUAGAGCCCUUCCUCUUACAUAAUAUCAUUUCUUUAGAUCGAUAUAAUCGAUCGCUUGGAUAAACAAUACGCAUACUCAUAAUCCAUCGAUCGUACACGUAUGAGAUAAGUCGAAUGAAAAUUUCAAGAAAAGUGUUGGAAAAAAGAAAAAAGCAAAUAAAGAAAGAAGAACGAUCGUUUCCUCGUUAACGCGGAAAGGAAAAGAAAAGAGAAAAAAGAUGUCGAGAUAAAACCAUUUAUAGGAUAAUACAAAAGAAAUGGACAAUUUCGAUCGCGUUACGAUCGAGAAAUCGUACUCGAGAAAACCGAUACAUUGAGAGAGCUCUCUCGUUAAAAAGUUUCACAAAACUCUUGGGGAAAAAUGCUUGCCUUGUCUUUCGAGCGUUAAAGAAUACGAUAUGAUAAAAGAAGGAAGUAACGGAAGUGAAAGAAGAAAAGAUGGUAAAUUUAUAAUAAAUACGAACGAGUCGCAAUAAGAGAAAGAUAAAAUUACUUUCACGAUGAUAAUAAUAAGCGAUACACGCGAUGUAAUAUUCGCGUGAGUUAGUUUCGUCUUUCGAAGUUUAUCUUGCACGGAUUCAUCGAUCCGUACCAAUGUGUUUGCCACAAAUUCUAAUUAUAAUCUUUCCUUUUACUACCCACGCGAUUUCAACGGUAGAAGCGACGAUCUUUCAAUGCGAUUUCCACUGUCUGCUGCAUCUGCACUUCUCUAAGAAAAUGGUAAUAACGCUAUUUACAAUCUAAGCUCUAUCGUUUUGCGUCUCUCACAGACACACACUUACACGUACAUAUGUACAGGCACUUUUUCUUUCUCCAUUUACUUUUUAAUCUCUCUCUCUCUCUCUCUCUCUCUCUCUCUCUCUCUCUCUUUGUCUGUCAUAGAAAGGUACACGAACCGAGUAGAAAGUCGACGACGGGGAUAAAACCCUCGUUCGCCUAAAACGAUUCCUCGACAUUGUUUCGUCGACACAGUAUCGACGUUCCAAGAACACUCUCUUUAUUAUUCCGACAGGUGAAAAUCGUGAUUAGAAGUCUAAUCACCGAGCGGCCGCGACAUUGUAAAAUCGCUACGUAAAAAAGAAAUAAUUCAUUAUCUAGGAUGAAAUUAUUCAUAUUCUUGAAAAGAUAGAUAAAUCGAUCUUGGAUUUCGAUUGUACGUCUUCGCGGACUUGAUCUAAUCCGAUCGUCGAUUAAGUCUCAUAUAUUAGGUAGAAUCAAAUCGGCUUAUCCCGACUAGAAGAUACAAGGACCUAUCGUUCGAUAAUAGUGGCCUUUCGAUGCGAUUGAAAACAUCUCUUAGGAAGGAUUCAAUCGUGCAAGAAAUAACGGUACGACGCGAUCGAAGCCAGUGAAAUCUGUCCUAAUUCUUUCAUGCGGCCAUUUCGCUUUUUUCCUUCCUUCCGACUUAUCUAACAACUCGCUCAUUGUUAUCUCUCAUUUGACUUUAUUCUUGAAUUUCUUCGAGCAAAGAAAGAUUUACUAUUAUUUUCUAUAUGUACUUAACAAUGGGUAACUUUUCUAGAAUGCUUUAAUCGUUUCAUUCGUUUGCUCCAAUCAAAAGGGGAGAACGAAUAGAGACACAAAUUUUUCUUUCCAAUGGGAAAAUUAAAAACAAAAAAAAAAGAAAAAAAAAAGAAGAAAAAGGUCCAUUCGAUUAAAUCGGACUCGAGAUUUGAGUUGAGUUUCAUUCGAUUGGCUUUCCUCUUUGCUCCGAUACCUUUCUCUCUCUCUCUCUCUCUCUUUCUUUCUUUUAUAUUUUCUUUCUUUUUUUCUUCUCUCUAAGCAAAUCUUUCGGGCGAACCGUUACGAAUCUAAACCACAAUUCGUAGACAAAACAUCGUCUUCGAAACGAGAUUGCGAAUAAGGCAUAGUAAUCUUGGGUGGGAGACAAAACGCUCUCUCUCUCUCUCUCUUUCUUUCCCUCUUUGAGCUCAGCUGAUCAUUAAACCACCGUUGGUCAGUCAAACUUUCACGCUCCGCGAUAUUCGAACGUCUUCGGCUGGUCGCUCGUUCGCUUGGGCUAAUUUCUCGAGCCACGUUCGUUCGUGAAAUCGAUGCAAACAGGGCUUCAUGAAAUAGGGACGUACAAAAAUUUCCGCGAAAGAACGAGUUGAAACGUGAAUCACAUUCUAAAGUAUAAAAAAGUGUUAGAACGAAUUCAGAGAGAGAGAGAGAGAGAGAGAGAGAGAGAGAGAGAGAGAGAGAUUAAUGGCAAGAAUCGAAAAAUUUUGCAUAAAAUUUCUCGUUGUGGAGGAAAUUAGUGACAAAAAAUUUCUAAGAAAAGCAUGAAAAGAGAUUAUCAGAUAAAAACUUAUAUUCUCUUGGAUCAUCGUAUUGUCACGGUGAACAAGAAGAAUCGUACCUGCACUUGAGAUGAGAAGCGUUAUUAGUGAAAGUCAGCGUGAGUAAAGAAUACGGGACAUCGUCAAGCUUCGUAGCUUAACGUUCGCCGAUCAGAGAGGAAGAAGGAAACGAGAAAGGCAUAAAAUUUUUAUGUUUAUUCCAAUGAUCGAUCGAUCGAGAGCCUAUCAAUAAAAAAAAUUUCUCUCUCUCUCUCUCUCUCUCUUUCUCUCUUUUUCUAUUUCUUUAUCUCUCUUGCGAAGAGGCAAUAACGAGAUGAAGGAAGAAACAAAGUCCGGAUAUAGAACGUGAAUGAACGAAGAACACGGUAAGUUCCUAUACGAUCUCUUUGAACUCGGACAGAAGAAUCUUAUUUCGCUUGACCGAUCUCUCGUUCGGUGAAAGGAGGGAAGGAAGGAAGGAAGGAAGGAAGGAAAGAAGGAAGAGGCUGAACGAAAAAGGAAAGAAGGAAAAAAAACAAAGAGAAAGAGAAAAAAGAAGAAACAGUUUCUUCCUCUAUGAUAUAUCAUUGACAUUGACAUUCAAAUAUCCUCUAACUCUCGAUGUCUUAUAUUCGUCUAUACGAAAAAGAUCAGAGAUGGAAACGUCGCGAACAAAGAGCAAGGCUAGAUGAAAGAAGAAAAUAACAUUAGUUCCGGCAUCGAUUCCUUUUAUCGGUAUAUCCUUUUACCGAUUCACCUUCAAUGGUUUUCACAAGCAAAUAUUAAAAUAACAAGAGCAGGUCUUUGAGAUCGUUUUAGAGACGGUUCUAGAGCAGACUAUGCCGAAUAUUUCGAAUAAGAAGAAGACGAGUUAGAAGAUCCAACGGAGUUUCUCUUGCGAGAUGAAGGUAGAAUCGACUCGAGAGUAAAACAUAAACGAUCCUAUAAUUGGUUACGAAAUUUUCUAGUGUUUUCAAAGUGACAACGAUUGACGGUACGUUGGAGUACGUCUAAGACGAUGUAGAGAUAUAAUU